GGCCAAUCAGCGCAGGACCAGAUGCCUCCUUAUCCAUAACCGUUACUCCAGAAGUGCCCUCUCGUUUUGUGCUGUGCAGCCCAGAGUGUUUCCCACCUCACACCAACGACAAGUCUUUGAAAUAAUUCUACUCCGGCAAGCAAAGGGAUCUUAUCAACAGACUCCGCAUAACUGCUAAAUAUUCCCCCGAAGUGACCACCAUUGUUGGUUUAAUUGAUUACCAACGUGUCCGUGUGACAACAUGUCUGUGGUCAAACUCCUGUGCUGUUUGCUGUUUAUGUAUCAUGUUAGCGAUGGGAGGAAAAUCAAAGAAAAUAAAGCAGGUGCAGUUGACAGAGAGCAGAGGGAAGUCCUCAAGGUGAAGGCGCCGUACAUCAGCAGUUCCGUCUUCAGGAUGUUUGCAGAAGGUGAGGACCACUGCACACUGGAUCCUCUGCAGCUGCACACGCUCACCUCCUGCGGCUUCAACAGCAGUAAUCCCAUCAUCAUCAUCACUCACGGGUGGUCGUUUGAUGGCGUGAUGGAGAGCUGGGUGCCCAGGUUAGCUACAACCCUGAAGAGAAAUCUAAUGGACAUCAAUGUGGUGAUUACCGACUGGUUGUCCCUGGCUCACGCGCACUACCCCACGGCUGCACAGAGCACGCGCACUGUUGGAAAAGACAUAGCUCAUCUGCUGCAGUCACUUCAGGCACACUACCAGUACCCGGUUAGAAAGGUGCAUUUGAUCGGCUACAGCCUCGGUGCUCACAUCGCUGGAUUUGCAGGAAGCUAUCUGGAAGGUUCAGAGAAGAUUGGAAGAAUUACAGGUCUCGAUCCGGCGGGGCCACUGUUUGAAGGAAUGUCUCCCACGGACAGACUCUCCCCUGACGAUGCUGAGUUUGUGGAUGCUAUUCACACCUUCACCCAGAAGCAUUUGGGACUCAGUGUGGGCAUCAAGCAAGCUGUGGCGCAUUAUGACUUUUACCCCAACGGGGGAGAAUUCCAACCUGGCUGUGAGCUGCACAGCAUUUACGACCACAUAUCCCAAUACGGGCUCCUCGGUUUUGAGCAGACAGUGAAAUGUGCUCACGAGCGGUCCGUCCAUCUAUUCAUUGACUCUGUGCUGAACAGAGACCAGCAGAGCGUGGCUUACAGUUGCAGGGAUAAAAGGGCUUUCGACAAAGGCGUCUGCCUGGACUGUCGGAGGAACCGCUGCAACACACUGGGCUACGGCAUCAAGAAGGUCCGUCAGGGUACCAGCAAGCGGCUCUACCUGAACACACGCUCUCAGAUGCCCUACAAACUUUACCAUUACCAGUUUAGGAUCCAGUUUGUCAACCAGAUAUUGGCGAUCGAGCCCUCUCUCACCAUCUCGCUCACUGGGACAAAGGAGGAGAGUGGAGACGUCCCCAUCAUUGUCACUGGAAGUAUUUCUGGGAAUAAGACCCACACCUUCCUGAUCACCCUGGACAGAGACUUAGGGGAACUGAUGUUGCUGAAAUUGACCUGGGAGAGAUCGGCUCUGUGGAGGAACAUGUGGAACCAGGUGCAGAACAUCAUCCCCUGGGGCGGACGGGAGAGGAAGCCACUGCUGACUGUGGGCAAGAUCAACGUCAAAGCAGGCGAGAGCCAGGAGAGGACGCCGUUUUGUGCCAUGACAAAUGACGGACAGCACAUUGAAGUGUCGCAAGAUAAAUUGUUUGUGCGCUGCAAAGAUCACAAACGGAAACGGAGCCAAAGAACGCACAACUAGGCCCACAGACUCGUGUGGGAUUCCAGAUGUGUUCAACAGAGGUCUCCCAUGGAUGCAACGGCAGUUUGUUGCAUAAAAGUCCGUAAAGCCCCAACAGUGAUGCUGUGCAGAUUUGGGGAGUUAAUUCAAAAUGGUUAAUUGUGUGACAGAUGUGUUAAAUUAUUAAUAAACUAAGAAAUGCACGGUGUACUUUUAAGAACCAGCCUAUGUUUACAUAGGCUGCCAAUUCAAAUAUUACCAGACAGUGAACAGUUUUACAUUAAAUGACUUCCCAAGAUUGGAAAUGUAUUUUUCCAUGUGUUACCAUCUAAAACAACUUAUGUCAUUGUUUACCAACUAUGUUAGUCUUGAUCAAUAUAAAUUGAACCCGUCUUUUCUAUUCU